UUCUCCUUCGCAGGACUUCCGCUGCAUCCUCGUGGUGGCCGUCCUCUCGACGAUGCUGGCGACCGCCCUCCUUUUCCACAUGUUCAUCCUCCCCUUUCGUGGUCCGACCUCAGCAGGGAAGGCGGCGGCUGCCGGGCCCUACCUGGGCAACAGGUGCAACGAUCCCUGCAGGAGCGUCCUGGUGGAGAGCAUCCCCGAGGGGCUGACGUACGACGACAACCACCCUCAACCCUUCCAUCUUCGACGCCUGGAAGACCCUCCUGGGAGACGCCAGCCACAGUGUGGACAUCGCCUCUUUUUACUGGACCCUGAGCAACGAGGACACUCACACCAGGACCCCUCGGCCGGCCAGGGGGAGGAAAUCCUGGCAGCACUGAGGGAGCCCGGCAGAGGCGUCACCCUGCGGAUAGCCGUCAAUCCUCCUUCUUCCCGUAUGCCGUGCUCUGACCUGCAGCUGCUGGAGGAGAGCGGUGCCCAGAUCCGCAAAGUCAACUUCCCGCAGCUGACCGGUGGGGUCCUGCACACCAAAUUCUGGAUCGUGGACCAGCAACACAUCUUCCUCGGCAGCGCGAACAUGGACUGGCGCGCCCUCACCCAGGUGAAGGAGCUGGGCAUGGCUGUGUACAACUGCAGCUGCCUGGCCCAGGACUUGGGGAAGAUGUUCGAGGCUUACUGGGCUCUGGGUCUGCCCAACGCCACCAUCCCAUCGCCCUGGCCGGCCAAUUACUCCACCUCCUACAACAAGGAGACGCCGCUGGAGCUGGAGCUGAACGGCACGGAGGCCGGAGUCUACUUCUCGAGCGCGCCCCCUGCGCUGUGCGCCACGGGGCGGACGGAGGACCUCCAGUCCCUGGUGAGCAUCGUUGAUGACGCCGACGAGUUUGUUUACAUUGAGGUCAUGAGCUACCUCCCCACCAUGGAGUUCUCGCACCCCAAGAGGUUCUGGCCGGUGAUUGACGACCACUUGCGGAAGGCGGCUUACGAGAGGAGAGUCCGCGUGCGACUCCUGGUCGGAUGCUGGAGGCACUCCAAGGCCAACAUGUUCCCCUUCCUGCGCUCUCUGGCUGCCAUGCACGACGUCCGCACCCACUACAGCAUGGAAGUGAGGCUCUUUGUGGUCCCGGCCAACGAGACGCAGGCCAGGAUCCCCUACGCCAGAGUCAACCACAGCAAGUUCAUGGUGACGGACAAGGUGGCUUAUAUUGGAACGUCCAACUGGUCCGGGGAUUAUUUCCUCCACACGGCGGGGUCCGCCCUGGUGGUGAACCAGAGCCACGUGGGGGCCGGGGAGCAGCCCACGGUGCGAGAUCGCCUGCAAGCGGUGUUUGAGCGGGACUGGAACUCCAGAUACAGCCAGGAGCUGAGCUUGCCGGGCCAGUGGGAGCAGCUCUGCGGCACCUACUAGCCAAAGGGACCCCCCCCGCCUGUCCCCAGCUGGAGGGGGGCUGCGAGUGCCAGCCCCCCCGUCGGAGGCCAGUGGAGGGACUUCCCCAGAGGCAGGGGGUCUCCCUGGGGAAUCUUGCCAGGGACCCUUGCUCUCCAGCCGAGUGAACCAGGGGGCACCCAAGUCCUCCAGGGGGCAAAUGUUUGGGCUAAGAGAAACUCCUGCAAGGGAACAUUUCAGCCUGACUGGAAGG